GAUUGUUUUGCAGGAAGGGGGCGGAAGUGGGACUGUGGAGGGAUUGGCAGGGGAGGGCACAGCCCCUUGUCCUCUGGCCUGGGCUGGGGGUUCAUAUCUGGAAGGCUGGACUGAGGCCAGGACUGUGCCCCCACCCUUUGGGGGGGGGACAAGAACGGCCUAGGCUCAGGCUGCCUGCCAGGGCUGAUAAGGGGCCCUCUUGGGGCUCCCACAAACGGUUUAUCACUGUUGGGGGAACAGCCGGCGAGGCUCAGGAGGGGGCACGAGCAUGGAGCGGCUUUGGGGUCUACUUCACAGAACGACCAUCUACAAGCGCGUGGAGGGCACCCAGCAGUGGCGCCUGGAGGAGGAAGAGGAAGACGGGGAGGAGGGGGCUGAGCCACCCAUCCACUUCUGCCCUAUGGAGCUGAGGGGCCCUGACCUGGGCUCCAGAGCAGGGAAGCAGAACCUCGGACUCUGGGCAGCAACAGCACGAAGGGCUGCCCCCUACCUGGUCCUGACAACCCUGCUGAUCUUCACUGGGGCUUUCCUUCUGGGCUAUGUGGCCUUCCGAGGGUCCUGCCAGGCAUGCGGGGAUGACGUGUUGGUGGUCAGCGAGGAUAUAAACUAUGAGCCGGGCCCAGACUCCCACCAGGGCACCUUGUACUGGAGCGACCUCCAGGCCAUGUUCCUGAGGUUCCUGGGGGAGGGGCGCCUGGAGGACACAAUCAGGCAAACCAGCCUUCGGAAAAGGGUGGCUGGCUCGGCCGGCAUGGCGGCCCUGGCUCAGGACAUCCGCGUGGCGCUCUUGGGCCAAAAGCUGGACCACGUCUGGAUGGAUACGCACUACGUGGGGCUGCAGUUCCCGGACCCGGCUCAUCCCAAUACCCUGCAUUGGGUGGAGGCGGCUGGGAAGCUCGGGGAGCCCCUGCAGCUGGAGGACCACGAUGUCUACUGUCCCUACAGCGCCACUGGCAACGCCACGGGAGAGCUGGUGUACGCCCACUACGGGCGCCCAGAGGACCUGCAGGACCUGCGGGCCCAGGGCGUGGAGCCGGCGGGGCGCCUCCUGCUGGUGCGCCUGGGGGAGAUCAGUUUUGCCCAGAAGGUGGCCAGUGCCCAGGACUUUGGGGCCCGAGGAGUGCUCAUAUACCCUGAUUCCGCAGACUUCUCCCAGGACCCACACAAGCUCGGCCUGUCCAGCCACAGGGCUGUGUAUGGACAUGUGCACCUGGGAACUGGGGACCCCUACACGCCUGGCUUCCCUUCCUUUAAUCAAACCCAGUUCCCUCCAGUCCAGUCCUCAGGCCUCCCUAACAUCCCAGCCCAGCCCAUCAGUGCGGACAUUGCCUCCCUCCUGCUGAGGAAACUCCAAGGCCCUGUGGCCCCCCAGGAAUGGCAGGGGCACCUCCCAGUCUCCCCUUAUCGCCUGGGCCCUGGGCCAGGCUUGCAUCUAGGGGUCAACAACCACAGGGUCUCUGCCCCCAUCAGCAACAUCUUUGGCUGCAUCGAAGGCCGCUCAGAGCCAGAUCACUAUGUUGUCAUUGGGGCGCAGAGGGAUGCGUGGGGCCCAGGAGCGGCCAAGUCUGCUGUGGGGACGGCCAUACUGCUGGAGCUGGUGCGAACCUUUUCCUCCAUGGUGAGCAAUGGCUUCCGGCCUCGCAGGAGCCUUCUCUUCAUCAGCUGGGACGGAGGGGACUUUGGGAGCGUGGGCUCCACAGAGUGGCUAGAGGGCUACCUCAGCGUGCUGCACCUCAAAGCCGUAGUCUAUGUGAGCCUGGACAAUGCAGUGCUGGGAGAUGACAAGUUCCAGGCCAAGACCAGCCCCCUUCUGAUCAGCCUCAUAGAGAACAUCCUGAAGCAGGUGGACUCUCCUAACCACAGUGGGCAGACCCUCUAUGAGCAGGUGAUGUUCAACAAUCACAGCUGGGAUGCUGAGGUGAUCCAGCCACUGCCCAUGGACAGCAGUGCCUAUUCCUUCACGGCCUUUGCGGGGGUCCCUGCCGUUGAGUUCUCUUUCAUGGAGGAUGGCCAGGCGUACCCGUUCCUGCACACGAAGGAUGACACAUACGAGAACCUACACAGGGUCCUGCGGGGCCGCCUGCCCGCGGUGGCCCAGGCUGUGGCCCAGCUCGCUGGGCAACUCCUCAUCAGGCUCAGCCACGAUCACCUGCUGCCUCUGGACUUUGGCCGCUACGGGGACGUGGUCCUCAAGCACAUCGGCAGUCUCAACGAGUUCUCUGGGGACCUCAAGGCCCGCGGGCUGACCCUCCAGUGGGUGUACUCGGCGCGGGGGGACUACAUCCGGGCAGCUGAGAAGCUGCGAAAGGAGAUCUACAGCUCAGAGGAGAGCGAUGAGCGGCUGAUGCGCAUGUACAACGUGCGCAUCAUGCGGGUGGAGUUCUACUUCCUGUCUCAGUACGUGUCGCCGGCCGACUCCCCGUUCCGCCACAUUUUCUUGGGCCACGGAGACCACACGCUGGACGCGCUGCUCGACCACGUGCGACUGUUGCGCUCCCACGGUUCCGGAGACCCUAGGGCUGCCUCCUCCGGGGUGGCUCCCGGCCUGGGCUUCCAGGAGAGCCGCUUCCGACGCCAGCUGGCCCUGCUUACCUGGACGCUGCAGGGGGCAGCCAACGCACUUAGCGGGGACGUCUGGAACAUCGAUAACAACUUCUGAGGUCCGCGGUGGGCAGGGCGAGCAUAUGCCCCUGCCGAGAGCUCCUGCUCUCCCGCUUGAGCGACUUCUAGGUGAUAGAGGUGCCUAGUGCCACCUCUCACUGCUAACCGGUUUCUCAUUAGCCUUUCCCGUCCUUGCAAAGGGCCCAGCCGAGAUGCCUGCGCAGACACCCACACCCCUGGCCCUGAAAUGUAGGAGUAGGUGAGGAGUGACUUCCACAAUGGGUCGGCAUUACUGUCAGCUAAUCAGAGAGCCGCAUCCGCUCCCUCAUCACAGCCCUUUACCCUUCGGGAAAGGGGCCCCCACACCUAGAGACCACUCAGGAAGGUUUCCUAGGUCCUGGGACAUGACCAGUCCUCCUAGUGGGAGAAUGACUGGAACCAUAGCCUAUAGCCAACAGGUGGUCUGUGGUGGGAGGGGCUGGGGUUUGGACCUUAAUAAACCACCUGGUGGCAUCUGUUGUUUAUAA